ACGGACAGUGCUUAUAUAAACACUACAGCUGUUCGUGUGGAAUGGGCGAAGGCGCGCGCUCGAAGCGAGCGAUGGCGCGAGGAGGUUAUGCUCCUCGAAGAAGAGAUGCAGCGCGUACUGCGCCAUCUUGCGUGGACGGGUCAGGAGUGGGCGCAACGAGCCGACGCGCUGCCUACUCGCGACGCGUACAUGUGCCACGGGUUACGCGCUUAUGCCCUCCGCCAACGCGCUAUAGUGGAGGCCGUCGCGCGGUCGUUCCGCGAGCGAUGGAUGCCCCGCAUACCCCACCUAUUAUCGCGCCUCGACGAGGGCUGUCGUUUACCUCCCCUUGCCCCGCCGCCUUCCAAACACGUGCCACGAGGCCCUUCGAGUGCCCCGGUGCACCCGCAUGAUUAG